AUGACUACAGCUCACAGACCUACAUUCGACCCCGCGCAAGGCAAAGAAGCCCUGCGUGGGCCCGCGUAUCACCAGCGACUCCUCCCGGCGCACAUGCACCUGAAAGUCCGUCAACAAGGUCAAGGUGGUGAAGGCGAAUCCCAGCAACGCGAUCUCCGCGCAGAACUGCUCCAGGCUGAAGCUGCCCACUUUGCGAAGAAGCGAGGAGUUCCCGUUGAUGAACCUAUUGUCGAAAACUCGGCCCCCAAGCGACAGAUAGAAGGAGCACCGUCCAAUGGUGAUGAUGAAGCAGGCGAAGAAGAUCCCGAGGCCAAACGGCGGCGUGUAUUAGAAGAAACAAGAGAUAUAGAUGCGGAUUCGGAUGGGUCAGAGGAUGAUAGUAGUGAGGAAGAAAGUGAUGACGAGGAGGAUGAGGCCGCUGAGUUGAUGCGAGAGCUCGAGAAGAUUAAGAAGGAAAGACUUGAACAGAAAGAAAAGGAGGAACGUGAACGUGCUGCGGAAGAGGAAGAACAACGCGAAGUCGACAUCGCACGAGGAAACCCACUGCUCAAUACCGAGGAUUUUAGUAUGAAGCGGAGAUGGGACGACGAUGUUGUGUUCAAAAACCAGGCUCGGGGUACGGAGGACAAGAGAGGCAAAGAGUUUGUCAACGAUCUGCUGCGGUCCGACUUCCACAAGAGAUUCAUGACCAAAUACGUCCGUUAG